CAGCUCAAGCCCUUCUUAUUUAAGAACCGGCCGGGCCAAGUGACCAGUAGUAACCACAUGUAUACCACUUGUCACCAGUUCCUUGAUCCCACUCGAUCGUGUUAGCUUCGUCGUGAUCAUCGCACGGGGGAAAUGGAGACGCCCAAAUCGCUGGCCGUCUUCCUCGCCGUCGUCGCGCUGCUCGCUGCGCCGGCCGCCGCGGGCUGGUCCACGGGCUCGGCCACGUUCUAUGGCGGCAGCGACGCCUCCGGCACGAUGGGCGGGGCGUGCGGGUACGGCAACCUGUACCGGACGGGCUACGGCACGGCCACGGCGGCGCUGAGCCAGGUGCUGUUCAGCAACGGCGCGUCGUGCGGGCAGUGCUACCAGAUCACGUGCGACUACCAGGCGGAACAGCGGUCGUGCCGCCCGGGCGUCACGGUGACUGUCACGGCCACCAACCUGUGCCCUCCCAACUACGCGCUCUCCGGCAGCAACGGCGGCUGGUGCAACCCGCCGCGCGCGCACUUCGACAUGGCCCAGCCGGCGUGGGUCCAGAUCGGGGUCUACGAGGCCGGCAUCAUCCCCGUGCUGUACCAGCGCGUGCCCUGCGUGAAGCAAGGCGGCGUGCGGUUCACCAUCACCGGGUUCAACUACUACGAGCUGGUGCUCAUCACCAACGUCGCGGCCAGCGGGUCGGUGGCCAGCGCUUGGGUCCAGGGCACGGCCACCAACCGGCUGCCCAUGACCAGGAACUGGGGCGCCAACUGGCAGUCGCUCGCCGGGAUCGCCGGCCAGGCGCUCACAUUCGGCGUGACGUCCAGCGGAGGACAGACCAUCGUCUUCCAGAACGUCGUGCCGGCGGGCUGGACGUUCGGCAUGUCCUUCAUCAGCAACCUGCAGUUCUCCUACUGACUACAGAUCGUAGCGCCUGCCUGGCUAGCUAGGAGAGAGAUCUGGCUAUAGCACGGCGUCAUGUGCAAUCCUUUUUCGUUUCCGGUUUGUACGUGUAACUUGAUUGGCAGUAAUUCAGUCUCCAUGCCAGGCUAGCACCUAGCUAACCGUGUAUGGUUCAGACAUAUCGGAGCAACCGGUCG